UAUAGCAUGCAACUGUUGUUUUCAUCCGCAGCUCCCUGUAUCUAUACAUCUCUAUUUCUCUGAGAUCCCAUCAAAAAGAAAAUUAGAGUGGAAGCUAGCUAGCUAGGCUAAUGGGAAAUCCAGAAGGAGGGCCGUCUGCGUACGACGGUGAUCAUGAUCUCUACCAACCUCAAGUGGAGGUGGAUUAUGAGUUACAAGCUGAUCAACAAUCUCAAUACCAACAAGUGUCUGAAACCACCAGACACGACCACAACCAACAAGAUCAAUACCAAGAGCCACCGCCUCAGCCAGCACAGUUCCCUCCUCAAAGCCCACAACAAUUCCCACCACAAAACCCACAAUUCCAAAAUCAACAACAAGAAGCAAACUAUCAGCAGCCUAGGCCUGCACAGUUUCCACCCCAGCCCCAGAGUAAUAUGCAAACCAAUCCUAACCGUAAUCCCAUGUAUGCAAAUGUGCCUAACCAACCCGGGGCGGUCUACCCGCCACAAGGACCACAACCAAUGGGCGUGGGGAACCAACAAGCUCCAGCUCAGUUUCCUCCCCAAUCUCCAGCACAAUUUCCUCCCCAAUCUCCAGCGAAUUAUAAUCAGCAAUAUCAGAAGCCGGCAGUGCAAUUUUCCACACAGAAUCAACAAUACCAACAACAGCAGCCUAAUAAUGGUUAUGCUGUUCAAGGGGUUCCAAUGCAGCAGAGUCCUUACCAGCAGGGACCUCUUAAUCACGUCAACCUGCAGAAUGCUGGAACUGAGCAAUGGAGUUCUGAGUUAUUUGAUUGCAUGGAUGAUCCAAUGAAUGCUCUCACAACGGCUUUUGUUCCAUGCUUGACGUUUGGACAGAUAGCAGAGGUUAUAGAUAACGGCACAUCCUCAUGUGCGACCAGCGGACUGUUCUACGGAUUGAUUGCAUCUUUCAUUGGGAUACCAUUCAUAAUGUCAUGCACGUAUCGCACAAAGCUGCGCAGCAAAUACAACCUAAUCGAGUCCCCCGCACCCGAUUGGGUCACCCAUUUAUUUUGCGAACCCUGCGCUCUUUGCCAAGAGUACCGGGAACUUCAAGUCAGAGGGAUUGACCCUUCAAUCGGAUGGAUAGGAAAUGUGCAAAGGAAUCCCAGCUUGCAGCAGCCGAAUGUUAAUAUGAUGAUGCCUCCAAUGAACCAAAAUAUGAAUCAGUAUUGACUAAAAAAAACUAAUGUUUGUGAUGGACAAGUUCAACCGUUUGCAGAUUACUUGCAUUUACUUAUGCAUGCCUCAAGGCUAUUUUUCUCUCUCUGUGUUAUGUUUAUUUUCGUAUGUUGAUAUUUGUGGAUACUCUGAAUAUGUAUCGCUUCCCUUUUGUAAUUUUGAACAAUUUGCCAUUUUCAUGUAUU